CUCCCGUCACCAUGACGACACUGACGUCACAGAAGCACGGUUGUUCCAGAACAAGUCUAAAUCUACGCCGUCUCCAUGACGCUGGCAUAAAGACAACAUUGAUAGCGCCGUCUGUACAGCUGGUAUUUACCGCCCUUCCUAGCGCGAUGGCGAUGUACGCGUACGGCUCGGCGCUGACGGAGUCCCGCAGGUCCGCACAGAACAAGGCCAGUCAGCGGAACGAGAUGUUCGAGAAGUUGGAGAGACUGCAGGAAAGGGCAACCAAGUUACAGAAGGAUUUUGACAGCCUUCAGGAUUUCGCUGACGACCUGACGCGCCGGUUCGAACGCCACGCCACCUAUCUGUCCGCGGAGGCAGUGCGCAUGGACCUGUUCCGGUCUAUACUGGACCAGAGACUGUCGGACAAAGAUAGGGAGGUCCUCUGUCACUACAUAGGCUACUUUCUGUACUACGUCCUCGUGCGGAUUGGUGAGGAACUGCCGCAGUACCGGACCGUCAAGUCGUACCGCAGGCUGAGGUCACAGGAGGACAGGGACCCCGCCCUGAAAACUCUCAGGUGCAGAAUAACCGAAGACCUUGGUAUCGAGGAGAUCGUCUUCGAGGAGCUUCUCCACUUCUACAAGGACUACUGCCAGCCUGAGUACUUCUCCGUGUUCCAUCUCGGAGACGAGCGGAAGGAGGCGGUACUGCAGGCGGUCCGGGCUAAGGUACAGGAGCCGUGCCUGGCGCAGGGGCUGGCCAGGGUGGUCACAGUCGUGCACGAGAAUUAUACUUUUGAUCAGUGAAAAUCA